UAUGGGUUCUCGGUGGCGGCAACUGCUACUGCUGCGGCAGGGGGUCCGCGCUGCCUUCCCCUUUCAGCCCGUUUGUUCCGCGGUGCCUAGCCCGGCCAAGCUUUGGCACACCAGUGUGGUCAGCCGCCGCCUCUUGAAUUGGGGUAAUGGGCUUACUGGAGGAAGGCAGGGUAAGGGUGGCGGUAGAUGGGGUGCAGGAGACGGCGAAGAAGACGAAGAGGAGGAGGAGGAAGAGGAGGGGGACGGAGAGCUUGAGGUCGUGGAUGACGAGCUGCUGGAGUCGGCGCUGCCCCCUCUCCCACUUGGUGUCCAGAAGGUGUUUGUGGUACAUCCAGCUGUGAAAUGGGGGCCAGGCAAGGCUCGGCUAACGACAGCUGAACUUCAGCUAGCUGAGGCUGUUGCACUCAUAAACACCAUUCAGAAUUGGACAGUUUUAGAUAAAAUUAUUCUUUCUACAAAAAACACUGACAAGCCUUUUAUCUUCGGUAAAGGGAAUUUCCAGCUUUUAACUGAGAAGAUUAAAGAAUUGCCACAUGUAUCAGCGGUCUUUGUGAAUGUAGAAAGACUUUCUCUUCGCACUAAGAAAGAAUUAGAAGAAGCCUGGGAAGUGGAGAUUUUUGACAGAUAUUCAGUUGUUCUUCAUAUUUUCCGGUGUAAUGCUCGGACGAAGGCAGCAAAACUUCAGAUAGCAUUGGCUGAAAUACCAGUUCUAAGGACCAAUGUGAGAAAUGAGGUUGCUCAGCUGGAUCAACAGAGAGGAGGAUCAAGAUACAUUAUGGGUUCAGGUGAAACAUUCAUGGAAAUGCAACUUCGCCUCUUAAAAGAAAAAGAAUUUAAAGUUCGAAGGGCCCUGGAGAAGCUUAGAAGAAAAAGAUGCUUACUCAGAAGACAGCGAAGAAAGCGUGAAUUUCCUAUUAUUUCAGUAAUGGGCUACACUAAUUGUGGGAAAACUACUCUGAUCAAGGCCCUUACCGGAGAUUCAGCAUUACAGCCACAAGAUCGACUGUUUGCCACAUUGGACAUUACAGCUCAUGCUGGCUAUCUGCCAUCACGCCUCACUGUUCUUUAUGUUGAUACUAUUGGAUUUCUCUCUCAAUUGCCCCAUGACCUUAUUGAAUCAUUUUCAGCUACACUAGAAGAUGUAGCUUGCUCGGAUUUAAUUGUCCAUGUGAGGGACGUUAGCCAUCCAGAAAGUAACCUCCAGAAGGAGAGUGUGCUGUCAGUUCUCCAGAACCUCAGUCUUCCCAGCCAGCUAAUAGAGUCAAUUAUUGAAGUUCACAACAAAGUAGAUUUGAUAGAUAGCUAUCAUUCUACUGAACCAAAUGCCAUAGCCGUUUCUGCUCUCUUGGGGUAUGGAUUAGAUGUCUUGAAAGAGGAAAUUGAGAAGACAGUUUUGAAAUUAACUGGGAAGAACAUUCUCACAAUUAAAGUCGAUUUAUCUGGACCUCAGCUCAGCUGGCUUUACAAAGAAGCAACAGUGCAAGAGAUGGAUGUUAAUCCCGAUGAUGGCACAGCCAGUGUGAAGGUGAUUAUAAGUAACUCUGCCUUGGGCAGAUACAAGAGACUGUUUCCCUUAUCACAUUGUUCUUCCAUUGGAAAGAGGAAUCCUGCCUAAUAAGACAGCAUUUUUUACAGGUAAAAUGCAGAGUACUCCUCUAGAAUACAGAGUUUCAUCCUAUUUCUGUUUUGAAUCGGUCAGCACCUGCUUGUCAUGGGAGGAAAACAACUUCUGUGCAAAAUUUUUAAUAAAUUUCUGGUUGAAAUUGCAGAAAAGAACCAACUAAAUAUGUUUUGCCCCAAAAUAUGGGAUAUUUCAGCUCAACCUGUAGUAAAAGUAUCCAGUCUGUACAAAACGCCCACUUAUUCUAAUGGGUAUCAAUAAUUUUUUCUCUGACUUCUUUCAAUAGAUAAGCAAAAGUAAUUUAUAUGAGAAACUGAAAGCAUGCCCGCUGCAAAAAUGCUUA